CAGCUUUGCGUUGGGCUUCAUUACGCGCCCACGGACACUGCGGAAUACCCCAUGGAAAAAAUGGAAGAAGAAAAGAAAUAAUAAUAAUUAUUAGAGGUCUUCUCUCCCCCUGUUAUAAACUUAUAAUCAGAAACAAACACAGGGAAAGCAAGAAAAAUACGGAUAACCUAAACCCUAGUUCUCUCUGUCAAUCGCCGAGUUUGUAUUCAGUUUGGGGUUUUUUUCACAGAUCCUCUCUCCGGCGACCGACGAGAUCAGUCGGUUCAUGCGACUGCGACUUUGUUCGCGGCUCGGAUUUCAAUUUUGAGAUAUAUACAGGUACAUAUAUAUCUUAUCCAUGGCGACGGAGAAUAGUGCCAAUUCGGCCUCGACUUCCAGGUCGAAUUCGGCGGCGGAUUCCUACAUAGGAAGCUUGAUAAGCUUGACUUCCAAGAGUGAGAUCAGAUACGAAGGCGUUCUUUACAACAUCAACACUGAGGAGUCCAGUAUUGGAUUGAAAAACGUACGGUCAUUUGGAACAGAAGGGCGGAAAAAGGAUGGGCCACAAAUUCCUCCCAGUGACAAAGUAUAUGAGUACAUAUUGUUCCGAGGAACUGACAUCAAGGACUUGCAGGUUAAGUCAUCAGCUCCUGUGCAGCCUACAGCACCUAUAAACAAUGAUCCAGCUAUAAUACAGUCUCACUAUCCUCGACCAGUUUCAACUUCUUCUAGCUUGCCAUCAGCUGUUACUGGACCUUUGACUGAUCCUGGAUCCCAUCAUGCUCAAAUGGGAAUGCCUCCACCAAACUAUCAGAGUGGCUUGCCAUUGUAUCAACCUGCAGGGGCGUUAGGAACAUGGGGGGCUUCACCUCCACCAAACGCAAAUGGAGCUGGUCUUGCUAUGCCGAUGUACUGGCAAGGGUAUUAUGGUCCUCCAAAUGGGCUUCCACCACAUCUUCACCAACAAUCUUUGCUUCGCCCACCACCAGGGUUGGCAAUGGGUUCGUCCAUGCAGCAACAGCAGCAGCAAAUGCAAUACCCCAACUUUAAUGGCCCCUUACCAACGGGAGGCUCAAACUUGCCUGUUUCAAAUUUGCCUGCUCAAAACUUGCCACCUUCAAACUUGCAAGCAUCGACCUUGCCGCCUACAAACUUGCAAGCCUCGAACAUGCCCCCUUCAAACUUGCAAAACUCAAACUUUCCACCUUCAAACUUUCAACCCUCGAACAUGCCUCCAGCUUCAAGUUUGGGAGCUUCGAACUUGUCAACCACCAUGCCUGAUCUUCCACCUCUGCUACCUACUAGCACCUCUGUCAACCCUGUGUCACUAGCUUCACCUCUGCCUUCAAACCUUUCUUCGGUGCCCUCUGCCACCCGUCCUUCUGAGACUUUGCAUGGUUUGGUACCUGGUCGGGCUGCCAAUUCAGUUCUUCCUGCUUCCAGUUUAAGUCCCAACUUACCCUCUCUAACACCACUGUCAACUUCAAGCCCUGAAUUGAAUCCCAUAUUGUUACCAACUUCCAGCAAGGCUAACUCUGUUGCUGCUCCAGCAAUUCCUUAUCAAAGCGCUAUACAGCCAACAUCAUCUGCUUCUGUAGCAUCUAGCUCUUUGCGCACAGAAGCUCUGACCCCUUCACUGGUAACCCCUGGCCAGUUGUUGCAAUCUGGAGCAACUACUGUUCCGUCAUCCCAGCCUGUGCAAACAGCCCUUAAGAACGUGGAGGUUAUUCAACCAUCGGCAACAUCUUCAUCCGAAUCUCCUCUUCCCAUUGCUACCGAAGCUCAACCUCCUAUCCUUCCAUUGCCCGUACCUUCUCGGACUGGCCAUAAGCCAAAUGGAGCUCCUUUCUAUGCCCGCCAUAAUCAUGGUUUUCGUGGACGCGAUAGAGGAAGAGGAAUCGGGGGUUCACGUCCGCUGACAAAAUUUACUGAGGAUUUUGAUUUUAUGGCAAUGAAUGAGAAAUUCAACAAGGACGAAGUCUGGGGUCACCUUGGGAAGAACAAGGCUAAAGACAAAGAAGAUGGCGGCGUGAGUGAUGAAGAGGAUUUUGAAGAGGAUGAUGAUGCCGGCAAGGCUGAUCAUAAGGUGCCUGUUUACAACAAGGAUGACUUCUUUGAUACCCUUUCCAGCCAUACACUCGACCACAAUUCACAAAAUGGAAGGCCUAAAUUCUCUGAGCAAAUGAAGAUCGACACCGAGACUUUUGGGGAUUUUCCAAGAUAUCGAGGCCGUGGUGGUCGUGGACCACGUGGAAGAUCUCGUGGUUCUUACUAUGGAAGGGGUGGAUACGGAUAUGGAGGCGGUGGAUAUGGAGGUGGUGGUGGAUAUGUUGGGAGGGGUCGUGGGAGGGGAGGCAUGCCCAAUCGUGCUUCUUCUUAAGUGUUUGUUUGUUACUUAAGUCAAAUCUAGCAAAGAGGUUGAGGCUAGAGCCCAACCUUUAGCCCAACCUUUUUGCGGUGAAGCCGUGGAGCAAAACUGGUUGUUUUAGGGGUUGCUCUGCUAGGGGUUUUCACCGGGGGUUAUUUUAUCUAUUUCAGUUUGCCAGAGAGAAAUAAGGGCUGGAGAUGAUGAUGAUAUGUUUGUUUCCUUUUCUGGCUCGAUUUCUUCCUAGAUUCUGCUUCCGAUUCCUCAAUUGCUUUCCUCCUGUUUAAUGGACAAUGGUGGACGGGUAGAGCCUAGCGAGGAAGGGAGUCUGUUUGCUUUCUCAGUGAAUUUUAGUUUUUUGUCAACAUGUCUGUUCAAGCUUUGGCUGCCUUUUGAGUCAGUUGCAAUGGAGGGGCUGGUGAAGAAGAAGGAUAGCACUUCAGCUACAAAUGGCGGUGGCCGCUUGACAUUAUGGUCAGGUUCUAGUUAAGGUGUUGCUUCUGUACAUCUGACAUGGGGGUAAUUUGAUCAGCGGAAGUGGGAUAGCAAUCAAUAGCAUAUUAUGUGAUGUUGUACCUUCUUUUGCCGAAUGUUUUACAGAGAUGCUCCAAAAUGAUUAUGAUAUUCUAACGUUUAUGUUUGUGUUGUGUGUUUAUGUUCUUUUUAAUUUUGGGUUCCACAUUUCUCCUACGAAUCAUUAUAUAUUGUGUUUGGAAAACGCCGUUGUGGUUUGUUCCUGGUGGAGACUUGGGGCUUUGAGUUGAUUAUUUCCGAACAAGGAUGUUAUACUUUAUUCAGUUAGGAUAAUGGAUAUGUACGGUCUAGGGUUGUCCCAAUUGCUGCUGGAGAUGCUAACUAAUGUAUGGGUCAUUGAGAGCUGGGAGGGGGUAAAACCUAAAGACUUCUAAAACUGUGAACUAC